CUAUUAGAUGCACGGCCCCUCUUCCGUUGCGUCAGUUCGAACAUGGCGGCGCCCCAUGUCGUGGUCGGUUUGGAUGGAGACAGCAGCGAAACUGGGGUUGUUCUGUCAGAUUCAACCACCGGAGAUGUGAAGAGACCUCAGUUCGGGACACGUUUCCUCACAGACCCACGGCAGGUCUUCCAGCACAACGCGUGGGACAAUGUGGAGUGGACUGAAGAACAAGAAGCAUCUGCUAAGAAGAAAGUCUUAGAAAACAAUCAGCCUCUACCUGCAGAGAAACAAGAGGAAUACGACAGCCGGGCAAAUGAGUUCUGGAAUGGUUUUUACACAAUCCAUGAGAAUCGUUUCUUCAAAGACCGUCACUGGCUCUUCACAGAGUUCCCAGAGUUGGCCCCACAGUGUAGCCUCAACUGGGAGUCCCAUGUCGAGGUCUCUGGCACAGAUGACAGUCAGCAGGAUUCUCUGGAUCAAGAACAAAGAAGGGAAGUUGCAGCUUUGUCUCACACUGAUGGUGACAUCCCUGGCUCCGCUGCCUCAUAUCGCAUUCUAGAGGUUGGCUGCGGUGUAGGCAAUACAGUUUUUCCAAUACUGAAGACCAACAAUGACCCGGGUCUCUUUGUUUACUGCUGUGAUUUCUCCUGCACUGCUGUGGAGUUAGUCAAGACUAAUCCAGAGUACGACCCUGGGCGCUGCUUCGCCUUUGUUCAUGACUUGAGUGAUGUGGGAGCCAAUUACCCCAUCCCAGAUGGAACCCUUGAUGUUAUCGUGCUAAUCUUUGUGUUAUCAGCAUUGCAUCCCAACAAGAUGCAGGCAUCCAUCAGUAGAUUAGGGCAGCUGCUGAAGCCUGGGGGAGUGAUUCUGCUCAGGGACUAUGGACGCUAUGAUAUGGCACAGCUUCGCUUCAAGAAAGGAAGGUGUCUGUCAGAAAACUUUUAUGUCCGAGGUGAUGGAACAAGAGUGUAUUUCUUUACUCAAGAUGAGCUCCAUGGGAUGUUCACUGAGGCAGGAUUUGAGAAAGUGCAGAACCUCGUGGACAGAAGGCUCCAGGUGAAUAGAGGCAAACAGCUCACCAUGUACAGGGUGUGGAUCCAGUGCAAGUACCGCAAGGCUCUAGCCACUUGAGACCCAGGGCUGAGACAGGGGAAAGAACUCGCCGGGUUUGACCUUUACCUGAACCACUGCAACUAAGAGAUCAAAUCAAGGAUGUAUGGAAUUGAGAAGGCCCAUUGCAUUGUGAUAAAGGGAUGAAACUGGAUAGGUAAAUGCUGUAAUGGCCUUACACUAUUUCAGCUGCCAUAAUGUUGAUGGACUUGUUUUAUGGCUAGAGUCCCAUAUGGUGCUGCAAUUCUACCUACAAGAGUCAUGAUUUCUGAUUUUGUGCUGAUGAGUUCAGUAAUCUGAGAAAGAACUGGUUACCCAUGUUUAAGUCUUUAUAUUAUGCCAGAUGCAGUUUUUAAUGAGCUGAUGUUUUGGAAUAAAUUGCAUGAUUUUAAAAAUAACUUCAUGAUCUUUUUGUACAUGCAAAAUCAAUAAAAAUUGAAAACUAAA